AUGCAGAACCAAUCAUGGGGAGGCAGUUCUUUGCCCUUCCUGGCUGUUGGUCGGGUCAAGGAUAGCGUGACUCUCGCGUACUACAUAGAUCCGGAGAGUGUUGAGCAGCAGGAGCAGACGCAGGAAGUUUUCCAGAAGCUGCUCAAGGCUUCCUCCCAGAAGCUUGCUGCUGGUCAGCGAACUAGACUGCAGUGGAACAAUGGUAGCGUGUGCUGCCUCAUGGAUGAGCAGGCUAGACUUCUAUAUUGCGUUGUCACUUCUCUGCUAACAUACCCUGAGCGACAAGCUUACCAGCUCCUGUACGAUUUCCGUGGGCUGGUGGAGAGAGAUGAUGCCAACUUGGAUGAUGCCGAGAAGCAUGCACUGAAUGAGAAGUUGGAGAACCAGAUGAGGGAAUUGGUGAAAAAGUAUGAGGCUUACCAGGACCCUAGCAAGCUGUCCUCAACGAAUGCGUCCACCGCCAUGGAUACAUCUUCUGCACCCCUUCACCACCAAGAUGCGCGUGAGCUGCGACAAGCGGAAAACAAGAAGUGGAUCUUUGCUGUGUUGCUGGUGCUGGUGAUCGCGUUCUUCGUGUGGAUGAUGUGGGGGUCAAGCGGGAAGCAAGAGGAGCCGACAACAACAGCCGCUCCUCAAAAAGCUGGUCCCACAAUCCUGAUGUGA